AGCUACGUUCCCAAAGAAAUCAGGGAAACCGUGAGCAUCACGUCCUGCGACGGAAGGGACUGGGGGCAGCUGGAAGGUGGCACUUUCCAGAAGGUCCUGGUGGAUGUGCCCUGCACGACGGACAGGCACUCUGCCAUGGAGGAGGAGAACAACAUCUUCCACAGGAGACGAACCAAGGAGCGCCAGAUGUUGCCCAUGCUGCAGCUGCAGCUGCUGAUGGCUGGGAUCCUCGCUACCAAGACAGGAGGAGAGGUGGUGUACUCUACGUGCUCCCUCUCCCCACUGCAGAACGAGUGCGUGAUCGAGAGAGCAGUAGAAAUUGCAGAAACCCAGUUUAACAUCAAUAUCCACGUUGAGGACUUGAGCUGCUUUCGGAUGCUCUUCCAGGACACGUUUUCCUUCUUCUCGGAUUGCCGGCUGGGGGAGCUUGUUCUGCCUCACCUCACAGCCAACUUUGGACCUAUGUAUUUCUGCAAAUUGCGUCGGAUGUAGAAGGAAGGGGUGAGAGACUAUGUCUGCUGGCUGUCAAGAAAUCCCCCAAAUUUUCAGGAAAAGCAAAACUGCUUUAUAUUUAUUUUUUCUUUUUAAAUGUCUGCUUUUUUACUGGACACAUAGAGAAUAAAUGAGAAA